AUGGCACUGGCAGCCCACGCUCUAGCCCUGGCGGCUUCCCUCUCCCAAGCCGGUCUUGUUCCUGGCUUGGCACCGCUCAUCCCAGAUAACUUCACCCCAUCAACCCAACUGGGCGUUGCGUAUGGCAAUAAAUCUGUGGAACUGGGUAAUCUGUUCCGAGUUAGCGAAGUCGCAUCGGCACCGACCAUCUCAUUCGCGAAGGAGGCCAAUUCCCCAGAAAGCCAGCUAUACACCCUUUUGCUUGUCGACCCAGAUGCCCCGACGCCAGAUGACCCCAAGUACGCAUACUGGCGCCACUGGGUUGUGUCAGGCCUCAAGCCUGGACACGGGAUCAAACCGGAAUCUGCAUUGACGGCGUAUCUUGGUCCUGGUCCAAAGGAUGACUCUGAUCCCCAUCGGUACUUGUUCCUCCUCUUCCGGGAACCGGAGGGACUGAAUCUCUCGAAAGCGGACGUUGGUGGCGAGGAGUUUGUUGACCGUCGCUCGUUCCCAGCUGCUGAGUGGACUGCGAAGCAUGGAUUGGAGCUAGCUGGGGUUAACUGGAUGCUUGGUGCUGGGGAUGGAUGGAGUGCGUGAAGAAUAGAGCAAGCGAGUUAACUUCGUACUAUCUUCAGUAGAAUGCGCGGGUUCCAGAAAAGAUCAUAAUACCACCAUUCCGCCAGUCGAAACGAAGAUUCUUCUUUUGUCGUGAUAGACAUGCAGGAUUGGAUCGUGUAUGUAGAACUGAGUAGGUGACUUCAUAGAUUUGCAGAGAAGUGACUUGAAUAGUAUCAACCGGUAGAUGUGAGUGGUGAAAUGACUGGUGCUACUUCCACACGAACUGUCAGUGAAGCAGGAGAGUACGAGAAGUCGUUGUUCUUCAAAAACAGUGCCACGUUCAGUUCGCUUCUUUCCAAGGGCCUCCCCCCCUU